UCUAGGGCUGAAUCGGUUGUAACUGCUGCGGGUUCACAGGUCUCUAAACCUCCGGCCUGGAGUUAUUGAUAUUUCCCCUUUUAAUUCCUCCUUUAAUUCUCCCUUUAAUAUCCCUUUUAAUUCCCCCUCCCAGCAGGCUGAGGGGCCGGAGAGAAGUUUCCCCUGCGAGUUCUCUCUCCCAGUCGGGAAUGCUGCCUCCGAGAUGAAGAAGAUUUUCAACUUCGGCAAGAAGAAGGGGCAAUCAACAUCUCGCUCCUUCAACAGGGUGCCGAGUUACUUUGGGGUCCAAACACCCUACUCCACCGAAAGAUAUGAGAUCCCGAGCAAGGACCUCGGGAAAAUGCACAAAGCUGCCUUGCUCGGAGAUGUGGCGAAGGUGCAGCAGCUGCUGCUGCUUGGAAAAAGCACCGUAAAUGAACUGGAUAAAAUGAAGCGAACACCUCUUCACCUGGCUUGUGCUAAUGGAUAUCCAGACCUUGUGUCUCUCUUAAUAGAAAGAAAAUGUGAACUGAACUUAUUGGAUGAUGACAAUCGAACACCUUUAAUGAAGGCAAUAGAGUGUCGGCAGGAGGAAUGUGCAACAAUCCUGCUGGAACAUGGUGCAGACCCUAGUCUUAGGGAUAAGAACAACGACACUAUACUUCACUAUGUUGCCUGUGGUCGGACCAAAUUCAUGGCAGAAAUACUGAUUAAAUAUAAAAUUGAUAUUGACGCAGUAAACAAGGAAGGCCUUACACCACUUUUGCUUGCAAUUACAUCUAUGAACACUGAAUUGGCAGAUUUUCUCUUGAAAAAUGGAGCAAACGUGAAUGCUUUGGAUAGCUAUAAAAGAACGGCCCUUAUGAUUGCUGUCAGUGUGGAAGCUUUAGGCCUGGUCACUCUUCUUCUUCAAAAUAAUGCUGAUUAUACUCUCCGAGAUGUAAGUGGAUGGACAGCUGAAACAUAUGCUGAGCGGUAUGGUUAUCCUCUACAUAUUUAUCACAAACAAAUUGAAAAACAGAAAGAACGUAUUGAAAAACAGAAGAAACAAUUUGAAAAAGAGAAGCUUUGUCCACCCCAAAUCAGCUGUUCUGAUACUGAGAAGCCUUCUGAUACUGAAUUUGCUUUGGGUGCAUCAUCCCUGGAUCAAAAAGGUAGAAUUGACAAACCCAAAUAA